GUUCCCACUGUGUGCGUGUGUGAAAAUAGCAGCCACAGGUUCUCUCUCUCAUGACACCUAAAUCAUUUUCAGUGAGUUGGGUCUGCCUCAACCCCCAUUACUCAAUUCCACUACUCUUAUCUGCUCUGGUAAAGCAGACCACUCCAUAUACUAUCAUAUAGGAAAACUUUUGCUUUCUUUUUCCACUCACUUGAUAACUUUCAUUGUUGCUAUCUGCGCUGUUUUUAACUUUUUCCCCAUUUGCUUCUGUGCUUCCUUAUUUCGUUCUUGCACUGGACACUCUUGAUUGAAUACACGUGCGGUUUUACUCUCUUUUAUUCAUUUUCUAUGAUUUUCUUUUGCUGCUUAAUUUCUAUGGGUUUGAGCUAUCUCUGAUGGGUUUUCUUGCUUUGGUGCAUUUGGUAUCUCUGAAAUUGAGUUUCUUGUGAAUUGGAGACUUAUAUGGAGGGUCUUUGUCGGGCUUUUCUUUAGGUAUUUAGGUGGGGAUUUUUGUGGGUAAUGUGCACAGUGUCCUAGCAAGAUUUUUCAAUGCUUACUGUGACAAGUGGUUUGGGAGACAAUUUAAUUUGAUUUUUGCCUUGUUGGGUAAAAAGUGUAUGAGAGACAUAAUUUUCUUGCUUGUAUUGACAACAAGGUUUGUGUCUAAUCUCUUAAAACAGUGAUUCUAUAGUAUCGCAAUGCAGUCUUGGAGCUGUGUCACUGGAGGGAAGGGGUUAGUAUCCAAUGAAACAAUUUCAUCUUCUGAUGCUAUUGCCAAAAGCAAAAAUGCCUUGAUGGGUUGGGAUUUGAAAAAUGCUUGUAGUUUUGGCAAUAACAUGGUCGUAUCAAGUCAACAAGCUAUUGAAAAUCAUGGUUUUGGGGAAUUAAUUUAUCACGAACUGAUGGGAAAACAAUUACCUGAUAAUUCAAUUAGGGAUGUUUUGAGUAGCGAGGUUGGUGGUGGAAAAAUCAUCAAUCCUUUUAUGGUUAGCACGAAUACGUUUUCUUUGGAAGAUGAGUCCACCACCAGGCUUUCUAGCUCUGUUGUGGACUCUAAUAGUAAGGAUUCUUCAUUCAUUGAUUUGAAGCUGGGCAGGUUUGGUGGUCCUGCAGACGCUCAGAAUUCCAAGAUUUCCAAAGGAGCAUCCAUUCUGUCUUCAUCUGAGUCAUCUGCGCCUCCAAAGAAAGCGAGACUGGGAGUGAAUUCCCACACUGCCCGUUGCCAAGUUUAUGGUUGUAAUAAGGAUCUCAGCUCCUCGAAAGAGUAUCACAAGAGGCAUAAAGUCUGUGAAACUCACUCCAAGACUUCGAAAGUUAUUGUGAACGGAAUAGAGCAGAGGUUUUGCCAACAAUGCAGCAGGUUUCAUUUGCUGGCUGAAUUUGAUGAUGGUAAACGCAGCUGUCGUAAACGCCUUGCAGGCCAUAAUGAGCGUCGGAGAAAGCCUCAAGUUGGUAUUCACUCUGGAAGGAAUGAGAGGCUACUUCAGCCGUACAAUGGCCUUGCCACCAGCAGAUUUCAUGGCACUACAUUAACAUCUUUUAUCUGCCAAGAUAUACUUCCUACUGGCCCAUUGCAUCCUGAGAAAUAUGGAACAAGUAAUUGGUGCAGGCAUAUAAAAGUGGAAGAUGGUUCUGAUUUUAGUCUACUAUCAUCUAUUCCUGUUACAACUCCAAUUGCAACAGGAAGCAUUUUCAGUGCGAGCACUAAUCGAUAUCCACGUGAUUUGGGAGGCUUAAAUUCUUAUUCACAUUCGUUAAUCCGGGGCACCUCAUUGGGAAAUGAAGACUUAACUGCUUUUGAUGCAGUAUCAACCAUUCAAGGACUAGCAGGGAUCACAAGCUCUAGUUGUGCUCUCUCUCUUCUGUCAUCUCAGUCCCAUAAUUAUUCAAGCCAUUCAUCCGGAAUUUCUAUGGCCUGUCCAUUGGUUGUUCCAGGAAGCAGUACCCAUUAUAGUGUGACUCAAGUCUCUGAAAAGCUUACAGGAGUUAGUUCUCAGGCUUCCACAAGCGGGGUACCAAACAAUUUCUCUUCAUCAGGAACGAGUUCUGCAGAAGUAAGCCACUUAGGCUCCAUACCGAUAUCUGAUGGUAGUGAUGCCAUUAAUUUUGAUAUCACUGAUGGGAUUUACCAGGGGUCAAAUUUUAUGAAUGCCAAGGAUCAUCUUUCCUGUGAAGAUGGCACCACCAUUGACCUGCUUCAGCUGUCAUCACAGCUUCAGCGAGUAGAAAGUCAAAAGCAAUCCAUGCAAGCGAAGCAGGAAAAUGAUGCUUUUUGCUGGCCCCACAUCACUUAAGUGCUUUGCAAAGAAGGAAGCGGGUGCCUGAGUAUCUGGUAGCUUCAGUGGCAUGUACACCAGAUCUUCUAAAGCAGCACAACUGAAAUGCUAAAGAGCAGAAGACAGUUUAUAGAGUCCCUCCUCACACGUUGAUACUGAUUCAAAAUCAUUCCUUUUUCUGAGAAUGAGAAUUGAAUGUGCUAUUCGUGCUUGAAUGCUUGAUCUCUCUGCAAUAUAAAGAAUUUCAUUAACAAAUUCAACUCUGCUGCAUUUGUUCCCUUUGAAUGGAGAGAUCAUUUGAUGUUGUGUUGGGGUUUCUUCACUAUCCUAUUGCAUAUGAUUGUGCAAGUUUCACAUUAGCCCUUUUUUUUUGGAUGGUUUAGAUGACUCGAAUUUCAUUUGGAAGUUUCAGCUGAUAUGCAAAUAACAAAAGCUGAAAGUUCUAUGACCCAAAGUUAGGAUUUUUGGAUAUUCUUUAUGCAUUCAAAGUAUAAUCUGAAAGGAAGGAUUCACACGCA